CUUGUGCAAUAUCCACUUCAAUGCUUCACUCUUGUGCAGUGCUGCUUCUUUCUUCUAUAAAUUCAUCCAAUACCAAGGGAAGGGAGCAAAACAUACUUCAAUUCUAACUGAGUCUCUUGCCUUGUUAGUUAGCUAGUUGUUACUUAUUAGCCACUUCAUUACCAAAUCAUACUCACUUCACUCAUGGCUGAUCCCAAUAAUCCUCUUCUCACUCCUUACAAGAUGGGCAACUUCAAUCUCUCCCACAGAAUUGUUUUGGCGCCACUCACCAGACAAAGAUCCUACAACAAUGUUCCUCAGCCUCAUGCUAUUCUCUAUUACUCCCAGAGAGCUUCCCAAGGAGGUCUUCUCAUAGCUGAAGCCACUGGUGUCUCUGACACUGCUCAAGGCUAUCAAUACACGCCCGGCAUAUGGACAAAGGAACAAGUCGAAGCGUGGAAACCAAUUGUGGAUGCUGUUCAUGCCAAAGGUGCUACAUUCUUUUGUCAAAUUUGGCACUGUGGAAGGGUUUCUAAUUCAGGUUUUCAACCAAACGGGCAAGCACCAAUAUCUCCCACAGACAAGCCACUCAAUGGCUCACAAUUCACGCCACCAAGGCGGCUAAGGACAGAUGAAAUUCCUCAUAUUGUCAAUGACUUCAAACUUGCUGCUAGAAAUGCUAUUGAAGCUGGUUUUGAUGGGAUUGAGAUCCAUGGGGCUCAUGGCUACCUACCUGACCAAUUUAUGAAGGAUAAAGUAAAUGAUAGAACAGAUAAAUAUGGUGGAUCCCUUGAGAAUCGUUGUCGAUUUAUUUUGGAAAUUGUUGAAGCUGUUGCAAAUGAGAUAGGGCCAGAAAGAGUUGGAGUUAGAUUAUCACCUUUUGCAGAACAUGGAGAAUGUGGUGACUCAAAUCCUAAAGAAUUGGGGCUUUAUAUGGUUAAUGCUCUCAAUAAAUAUAGUGUUCUGUACUGUCACAUGGUAGAACCGAGAAUGAAAAAUGCUGCAGAACAAGUUGAAAGCUCGCAUAGCCUGGUGCCAAUUAGAAAAGCCUUCAAGGGCACUUUUAUAGCUGCUGGAGGUUAUGUUAGACAAGAAGGGAUCAAUGCUCUAGCUGAAAACAGGGCUGACCUUAUUGCUUAUGGUCGUUGGUUCUUAGCUAAUCCAGAUUUACCAAAGAGAUUUGCCCUUGAUGCUCCUCUAAACAAGUAUAAGAGGGAGACUUUCUACACUUCUGAUCCGGUUGUUGGUUACACUGAUUACCCAUUUCUUGAAUGAAGAAACCAAUGCUUCAACCUACAAGGGUGGAACCUCAUGACUUAAUAAGCUAUUCUCCCCUGGCACAUUUCUUUCUUGCAAUUUAGUUGGUCAUUGUAAUAGGAAUUGUGAUGCUUGAAAUUUUAUUAUGGAUUUAAUA